GUCAUUUCCUUCACAACCACACGACGCGUCGAUGUUGCUCUGGAGAGCACCUGCUGUUCUUUUGAUAGCGUUUGCCAAGUAGUUGUAGCGUCUCUACUACAUUAAACUUUGACAAAGAAAGCAAGAACAGGGGAAACAAUGGCGAAUGCCCAUCGCGCCAACGUCCUGGUUACCUCCUGUUUGAAAACGCCGGUAGACCCACAUACCAAGGCUCCGUUGGCGUUGUAUGAAAGGCAGCGAGCCCUUCCAUGUUCGCCAGCAGCUGGUCGUAUUGACAAUCGAGACUACGAGAAAGAGCUGCAGUAUGACGACUCGGGGUCUGAGUACGGUGAUGGGGAUGCCCCCGGGAAGGGCAGCCCCCUGAUUAUCAAAGACUACCGAGUGACAGGGGAUCACAUCGACUUGCGUGAGUUCUACUUCUCCAACGAGGAGUACUAUCGUAAACUGGAGGAGCUGAAGAGGGCCCACCUUCGCACCAUGGCCGAGCUAGAGGGCAUGUACCGCAAGAAGCUGGAGCUCAAAAGCACACCACCCUCAGAAAAUGUGCAGGGGGCACAGGCACACAGGUCGUACUUGAAGAUCAGCCCCAUGCCUGUGAGGCGUCUGAGGAAGGCCCACUCUGCUCUGGAGCUUAGGAGGGGCUCUGGGCUGUCGGACACAUCUGACGAGGAAGGUACUGUCGACAACAAUGUGGAGAAGGGUCUGCAGUCCUCCCCCAAAGAGCACAUCAAGAACAUGUGGCAGGACUUCAAGCUGUCGCCUCGCAAGUGUCACCCGUCCACAUCCUCCCACCAGAGCCUCAUUGGGGACAACAAGAACGGCAUCAAGGGUAAGGACCGGAAGCAAGGGCGAAAAGAUGUCGAACACGAGCCUUGGAAACCCAAAGUGACCGUCCCCAAGCCGUUCCACAUGACGCUGCGGGAGAACCAGAAGCACCAGAAAGGUGUCAAGACACGGUCAGAGAUUGAGCUGGAGAACACGGCCCUACGGAAGCAGCUGGAGGAGCUGACAGAAUGCCAGCGCAAGUUCCGUGCCAGCUCCGUACCCGCCCACGUGCGCCUGCCCCUGUAUGAGGAGCUCCAUGAACGCGACGAGGCACGGCGGGCCAUGCGUGAGCGGGAGCAGCAGCGUCUGUGCUCCACCCAGCAACCCUUCAGUUUCCUGGAGCGCGAACGUCUCAAGAGGGAGCAGAGAGAGGAGCAGCUCCGCAACCUCCAGCCAAACAGCAAGGAGAGAGUCCAACCAUUUAGGGCCAAGCCCGUGCCCAAGGCAGUGUAUGAGGCGGCGUCGGGCGAGCAACUGAAGGAGGAGCAGCUGUACCGCGCCAUCAAGAUGCAGAUGAGGGCCCAGGAGUUGCUCCACAGCGCCUCCAUGCCACCCAGCAUGCUUGCACGCCACCUUAGCGAAAGGAAGUGGGCCAAGGAUGAAGCCAGUGGGGACACCGCUGGAUUUGAGGAUGACAACAGUGCCUCUUACAGGCCUAAGAUAAAUACGGAGGUGCCCGACUUCGACGCCAGCUACAGGAGGUUCAAGAAGCAGCUGGAGAGCCGGCGCGACGUGAAACCUUUGACGACGUGCGAGCCUUUCCAGCUCCGGACGUCACAGAUCCCCUCGCACCGCGAACGCAUCCUGGCCGACAUCGAGAAGGAGCAGAUGAGUCCGCGGGCCAAGCGCUGGCCUUACAUCAGCAUAACUGGGCAUGUCCGUUCACACAACUCUAGCCUCUGCUCCUCCCUCUCAGGCAGCCUGGAACAGCUGCCUGCCAAAGUCACCGAUGCCAGCAAAAAACGGCAAGAGGCCGUAAGAAAGGUACUUGAGCAGAGAAAGAAGGCAGAGGAAGAGGAAGCGAGAUGGAGUGAGAGGCAGAAGCAGAGAGAGAAGAAGCUUGCGAAGGUGGUUUCGAAGCGCGCCCAGGCCAACGACACCCACGUGCCCCUCUCUCAGACCAACCAGUCCAAGCUCAAGCAGUUCAGAAAGCAGGACUUUCAGCGCAGGAAGGAGUACAAGGAAGAGAUGAGGGAGAUCCAGGAGAGAGUGAAGGGGAGGCCUCUGCUGUUGGAGCAGGUCGCACAGAUGAAUGCCAAACAUGCUGCAGAGAAGCACUACACAGACACCCUGCGAGGCUGUGGAGUGAGCGAGGACUUUGUCAGUGGCAAGGUGCCCAAGUCCCAGCGGCCAGGUGGGCAAGACUCUGCAUGCAGGACCUCCUUCUCCAGUGACUCCAAACAAAGUGACAAGGAUGAGACAGAUACACCAGCUAUUUACAACACGGUCUUCCAGGAUGACUACCCAGACAAUUAUGAAGACAGCUUUGCUGACCAAGAACUGGAAGGAGAGCAGGAGGCUGAGAAAGAUGAAUUAAAGUCCAUGAAAGAGGAGGAUGAAGGCCAUGACGAAGUAGGGCGGGAGAGGGAGGACAUUGGGCGUUAUUCAGAUGAUUGUGAUUAUUCAGAUGACCAUUACUCAGAUGAUGAUGACCAUUACUCAGAUGCUAGUGAGC